AUGGAAUGCCAAGAUAUUUUCAAGUAUUCCUGCCUGGAUUUCGUAUUCACAGUUGCCGGAGUUUGCGCUUACUUGUUCGACGUGGGAUCCGACCUGUGGGUCGCUGUUGAGUUUUACCUGCAUGGCGACUUCUUCUGGUUCGGGCUGGUGGUCAGCUUCAUGGCCCUGCCGUCCGUGGUGGUUCAAAUGUUCAGCUGGUUCUGGUUUAAGUACGAUCGGGAGCUGGAAAGCUUCAAAGCGCAAACCUCUGCAGAGAAGAUAGUUUUUGGAGGCGAGGGACGCUUGAAACUGAGCCUGUUGCACGCCUUUCAGCUCGGAUUCCUUCUCAGGCACCUUUCGGCCAUCGAACAGGGCUUCUGGGUGUGGUGGAUCGGAAGCCAGGCCACAGAGUACGCCGUGUACGUGACCCAUGACCUGAGCAUGCUCCGUCUGGUCGAGGCCUUCUGCGAGAGCGCCCCCCAGCUCACCCUCAUGCUUUACAUCAUGCUGCGCACCAACCAGGCCCGAGCCGUUCAGUAUGUCAGUGUGGUUGCCUCCGCCAUCUCCAUCGCCAGCAGUGUGGCCAUGUACCAUCGCUCGCUCCGCUCCUUCCUGCCGGACAAAGACAAGCAGGGAUGGGGCUCCUCUGUGGUCUACUUCCUGUGGAACCUGCUGCUGAUCGCCCCGCGCAUGGCCGCCCUGGCCCUCUUCGCCUCCUCCUUUCCAUGCUGCAUCGCCGCCCACUUCCUGCUCCUGUGGGUGCCACUGUUCCUCUGGGCCUGGCUGCAGAGGACUCACUUCAUGGACAGCGCGGGCGGGGAGUUCUUGUACCGGGCUGUCGUGGCCGUCAUAUGGUACUUCAGCUGGUUCAAUGUGGCGGAGGGGCGGACCAGGUGGAGGAGCGUGAUCUACCACGCCUUCAUGGUGGCAGAUGGGGGAAUCCUAUUGGCCACGUGGUGGUGGAACAGGGACGCGGAGCUGACCCGGUCGUACGCGCUGCCCGUGGUCACCGCCUUGCCCUCGGCCUACCUCCUGGGCCUGCUCCUCAAAGGUCUUUAUUACAGCUGCUUCCACCCGAAGCUGUGGGCUACGCCUGUGCAGGUGGAGGAGGAUGUACCUGACGGACAGGUGGCCUUCAGGUCCCUCCCACCUCGUACUGCUCCACCCUCACAGCUGCGGAAUAAGAGGAUGGCCAGCCUCGCUAACAUCUUUUACUCGGCCGUGCCGCCCCUACCUCACGUCUGCCUGGAGAAUGGCAACGCCUCCAAUGGUGUCAUUUAA